GAUCCAAGUACAGUACCUGUACUAGUACAUACACAUGCAGCUUUCGUCCUUGGUCAAGACCAUCCCCAGUGCGGAUGGCCACAGCCCCGUACUUGUCAACGCUGUCGACUGCCCGCCACCAGACUGCCCGACCAUGCUGCACUACCUCGAGCGAUCAGUGGCCCAAAACCCCACGAGGCCAUUUCUAGGCCACCGGCCAAAGGACGCCGCCACCGGCGCGUUCGGGGCGUAUGUGUGGCAGACGUACGCCGAGGUGAACCGCCGCAUCCGAGCGUUUUCCGCGGGCCUCGAGCACCUCAACAUGAUCGACCCGACACCGGACACGGGCGAUCGCGUGCUCGGGAUUUACAUGAAGAACCGACCCGAAUGGGUCGUGGCGCACUAUGCGGCGAUAGUCGCAGGGGGCUUCUCCGUCGCGCUGUACGAUACGCUGGGCGCUGACUCGACCUUGUUCAUUUUGAACCAAACGCAAACUCAAACUCUGGUGUGCACAACCUCCGAACUAACCAAAGUGAUCGAGGCGAAGACGAGUGGCGCAGAGCACUUGAAGCACGUGGUGCUGUGUGACGUCGACACUACUACGAGCCACGUCCCGCAGCAGCAGCAGCAGCAAGCCAAGGACUCUGGUUUGACACUGUGGACCAUGCAGGCCGUGGAAACGUCCACGUCACCUCCUUCUACCCCCACCGGUACUGCUAAAAGACCCACAGGCGACAGCAUCUACUGCCUCAUUUAUACGAGCGGGACCACGGGCGAGCCAAAGGGGGUACCCUUGACCCACUCGAACCUCGUACACGCGAUCGCCGGUCUGAAGCAGAGCGCCGUCCACCUCUGCGACCAGAGUAUCCUCACGCCGGACGCCGUGCACUUUUCGUACCUGCCACUCGCGCAUUCCAUCGAGCAUUUUAGCCACAGCGGCAUGAUCAUGCAGAGCGCCGGCGUCGCGUUUUACCAGGGCGACACGGCCAAGAUCCUGGACGACUUGGCGCUGGCGCGGCCGACGUUCUUCGGGGUCGUGCCGCGCCUUCUCAAUAAAAUCUACGAUAAAGUUGUGCACGGCACCCCGCCUGGUCCCAAAGGCUGGCUGUUGAAAGUCGCGCUGAAAAUGAAACUCAAUGCACUCAAGGACGGCGUGUUGCGGCAUGGGCUCUUCGAUCACCUCAUCUUUUCGGGGAUUCAGAAAAAGAUUGGACUGGAUCGCUGCAGCAUGGUGAUCGUGGGCUCGGCGCCCCUUGCGGCAGACGUGAUGGACUUCUUUCGUGUCUUGUUCGACUGUCCCGUCAUGGAAGCGUAUGGCCUGUCGGAAACCACGGGCAUCGCGAUGAUGAACCACCCAAGUCAGUCCGUCGCGGGAGAUGUCGGCACGCCGCUCGGCGAGAAUCAAGUCAAGCUCAUUUCCGUACCAGAGAUGGGAUACUUGACGUCUGACACGACCCACGGCGACGCCUCGCACCGGAUUCCCGUGCGCGGCCGCGGCGAAGUGUGUUUUCGAGGGCCCCAGGUGUUCCAAGGGUACUACAAGAACCCAACUGCGACGGCCGACGCGCUCGACUCGGACGGGUGGCUGCACACGGGGGACGUUGGUGCCAUCCUCCCCGACGGCCGGCUCAAGAUUGUUGACCGAAAGAAGAACAUUUUCAAGCUGAGUCAAGGCGAGUACGUGGCCCCGGAGCGAUUGGAAAACAUCUUGGUCACAAGCGCACUGGUGGAUCAGGUGUUUGUGUACGGCGACAGCUUCCAGUCGGUGCUUGUGGGCAUAGUCGUGCCCCAGGAAGCCCCGCUACGCCGACUUGCCAAUGAAGUGUUAGGGAUGACCACCGCCGACACGACGUCGUUCCAUGAGUUGUGCAGCCAUCCCCAGGUAGUCGCGGCCGUGCUUCAAGAUCUUGUGGUCGUGAGCAAACAAGCCAAGUUGUUUGGGUUUGAAACGAUCAAAGCGAUCAAGUUGCACCCCCAUGUGUUUACCGUCGAAGAUAACUUCCUAACGCCCACGUUCAAACUCAAGCGCAACGAGUGCAAAGCCGCGUUUGCAUCCGAUAUUGACGCCCUAUAUGACCACUGUGGCGACAAGAAGGCGGCGGCUGCGUCCAACUAACUUCACAAUCGACUUGACGUUUCGUCAAUACAAUUUUCACUGCAGCCAGCAAAUCGAGCAAAACAGUAUGAUUGGUUAAAAAGAAUUAACUUUGCAUUAUGAUUGGUUAAAGACAA